UUAGUUUCCAUUUUGUUCGCUACUAUAUAUUUCCAAUUCCUUAAUCCUAAUCAAAUUCGUUCUUUCCCAGAAACGCGUAUUGUUUAGGGUCCUUUAAAGGAACGUUUUAUGUGUUGAGUCGGGCUGUCAGAGAAGAGAAGAUUUGACAGCCCGACUACAUUGAACGAAAAGCUCCUAGAAUCGAGAGAGGUAAGAAUAUAUAGAAGAGAAUAUACUUAUCUUUUGUGCUCAUAUUCCUGCGUCCAUUCUCUUCUACUUCCUCAAUAAUCAAUCACUUUUUGUUUUUAUUUUGAGACUUUAAUAUUCCAUUUGGAUAUAAAGUUAAAAACCCAUAUCGUAAAUUUGUUACAUUGUUAAAGGGUUAUCGUAAUCCCCCAACCGCUUUGAUCAAGCGUUUCUCAUUCUCGGUUUUUCUGGGUUUCUGGGUAUUCAGGCUAGAGCCUUUUCGUUGUUCUAUUAGGGUUUGGUUUGGUUUGAUAUUGUUUUGAGAGUCUUCGGGUGCUGUUUUUGAACAUGGGUUCCUUGUCUGGAGCCCUUCAAAGACCUCUGGUUGCUGCUACUGCCGUUGCCGUUGCUUCUGUUUCGAAUGAGUUUUCCGAUAAGUUACCGUCUCAUUCUCAUAAAUCCCCGACAACGUUUUCUUCGUCUUCCCCAGAUUUAUUGAAUUCUUCAAUCCGUGAUUCAUUUCAAGAACCAAAGUCUUCGUGGGCUUCCAAUAUUUCAGUUUCCAAGCUCGCAAACUUAUCGUUUGUGAGCAAAAUACGAGUGCCCGUACCUAGUGUUAAUUUUCCCAUUCCUCAUUCGGGCACUAACUUUGUUCCUAACUCCUUUAGUACUUCAAUUGCUUGUUCCCCUGUUCUCCAUGAUUUGUUUCAAUCAGCUAAGUUGGUCAAAGCACCAGUGCCAGUUACACAUCAUGGUUUAUCUCCUUCCCCAGCAGAUGUUAUGUACAGAUGGCAUUUGCCUGAGCCGGCAGCCAUAGAUGUUUCAGGUGGUUCUGAGUGUUCAUCAGCCAAGUCUAGGACUGUGGUAGUUUUGCUAGGGUGGUUGGGAGCAAAGCAAAAACAUCUCAAGAGAUAUGCAGAAUGGUACACCUCAAGGGGCUUUCAUGUCAUUACCUUCACGUUUCCAAUGUCUGAGAUUCUUAGUUAUCAAGUUGGUGGAAAAGCCGAGAAGCACAUUAACUUGCUUGUUGACCAUUUGGCUGAAUGGUUAGAAGAGGAGCAUGGAAAGAACCUGGUUUUUCACACUUUCAGCAACACUGGAUGGCUAACGUAUGGGGCCAUCCUUGAGGGGUUUCAGAAGGACGAUCCUUCCUUACUGGGAAGAAUUAGAGGCUGCAUUGUGGAUUCUGCACCUGUUGCUGCACCUGACCCACAGGUAUGGGCUUCAGGUUUCUCUGCUGCAUUGUUAAAGAAGAAUAGUGUGACAACAAAAGGAGCCAUAAGAUUGAAUGAGUCGGGAACUGGAGUUUUGGUUGGCACCAAUGAGGCUGUGGAACUAAAACCAGCAGUAACUGAGGCUGCUUUGAUGUUGGUUCUGGAGAAGUUUUUUGAGGUGGUUUUGAACCUUCCAGCAGUGAACAGGAGACUUUCUGAUGUGUUGGCUUUAUUGUCUACACAACAACCAAGCUGUCCACAAUUAUAUAUUUAUAGCUCUGCAGAUAGAGUUAUCCCAUCAGGGUCUGUGGAAUCAUUCAUUGAGAAGCAAAGGAGGGCCGGGCGUGAGGUGAGGGCCUGCAAUUUUGUGUCGACGCCUCAUGUUGAUCAUUUCAGAAACGACCCGAAACUUUAUACUUCUCAGCUAACUCAAUUUUUGGAAGACUGUGUGCUUGCUAAUUGCAAAAAGUCCCAUUAGUUAAAACUCAAAAUAAAUUCUUUUUCUCAGUGAACUGUACAGAAAAGAGGGGGAAAAAAAAAUCAUUAUUUCAUUGGUAUAGAUUUGGUGGGAAUGCAGCAUAAGGAUAUUCCUAUUGUCUGCUCUGUUCACAUGCUGUAAACAUAUAUUCAAAAGAGGGUGUUAUAAUUAUACAGCUCGUGCAAUCUUGAGCUUUGAUAUACAUAUAUAUAUAUUUUGGCAUACAGAUAAAUUAACCUUUGGCUAA